UUUCAAUGUGAGGCACCCUGAAUAUAAAAAUAGAUUAUGAAGAUUGGUGAGCUAUAAAAAUAUUAUUUGCCGUCACAUACGGCCUGGGUGCACGGCUGACGACAUUAAAAAUAAAAUUAAUGGCCUCUGCACAAGUUACUCUUACGAGAAAGCAAAAAUGCAGAAAAUCAAAAGUGGAGCCAGUGCACAGAUGGCGUACACUCCACAAGUGUACUGGACCCACAUGCUACAGUUCCUCGACCAGGCCACAGGGCGGGCGAUAGUGUCUGUAAUAUCGAGAGCACAGAAAGUGGAAGUGAACAUAGUACACCAACAUUCGAAUAAAUGUUUGAGCAUGAAAUGCAGGCUCUAUAAGAACCUUCUCUUGCAUGCAGUGAGCCAUAGCCCUAGCAUCAAGAGCGACCUCCCAGAAAAAGAAGGAAAGGCAUAACAGAUGUCGCAACAGACGUCAUUGUAGAGGCCACCAGGACAUUGAAGGCUGUGGCUGAUAUGGCCAGGACUCUGCCCCGGCCUGUCCAAGAAGACCGCUACAGUGCCCUUGCCACCCACAUCACAGCUGAACUGAAUAAUAUGGAUAAUAGAUACUACACCAAAACCAAGAAAUACGAUGUCGUUGGCAGUCGAGAACAGCUGAAUAGUUGUGUUUGGAGUUGGAAGUGCGGGAGUUGUAAAAUGUCCGCUUCGGUAGCAACGAAUCCGUCUACUUUGCUUCCAUUAGAACUUGUCGAUAAGUGUAUUGGUUCCAGAAUACACAUAAUAAUGAAGAAUGACAAGGAAAUAGUGGGCACGUUACUCGGAUUCGAUGACUUCGUUAAUAUGUUACUUGAGGAUGUCACCGAAUAUGAGUCAACCCCAGAGGGAAGACGUAUCACAAAACUGGAUCAGAUUUUGCUUAACGGCAACAACAUAACAAUGCUUGUACCUGGUGGCGAUAUGCCUGAUGCAUAGGACCAAGAGGACAACUGCACACUUGCUUUUUGUUGCCCCACAUGUGAAUUUGUAAAUAAUGGAGUUUUACAGUAAAUAUAUAAAUGAUUCAAAAGA